CUGAGCUCUUCACCCUGACCUAUGGGGCUCUGGUCACCCAGUUAUGCAAGGACUAUGAAAAUGAUGAAGAUGUGAAUAAACAACUGGACAAAAUGGGCUAUAACAUUGGAGUCCGACUGAUUGAAGAUUUCUUGGCACGAUCAAAUGUUGGGAGGUGCCACGACUUUCGGGAAACUGCAGAUGUCAUUGCCAAGGUAGCGUUUAAGAUGUACUUGGGCAUCACUCCAAGCAUCACCAAUUGGAGUCCAGCUGGUGACGAAUUCUCCCUAAUUUUGGAAAAUAACCCCUUGGUGGACUUCGUGGAACUUCCUGAUAACCACUCCUCCCUUAUUUAUUCCAAUCUCUUGUGUGGGGUGUUGCGGGGAGCCUUGGAGAUGGUCCAGAUGGCUGUGGAGGCCAAGUUUGUCCAGGACACCCUGAAAGGGGAUGGUGUGACAGAAAUCCGAAUGAGGUUCAUCAGGCGGAUUGAGGACAAUCUCCCAGCUGGAGAGGAAUGACCAUUCUCGGGACUUCAGAGGGGCCACCAGGAGCACUUGUUGGAAUUGGAAAGCCUCAGUGCUCUCUCUGCCCUGUAGAACUCAGUGACUCCUUAACACAGAUGUUAUAUAUUCUUCUAACCUUGUUUCCAUUCUUCAUGCUAAUAAAGAGCAGACUGUGAUACAGUCCAUUUGCCCCACAAGUGUGUACACAUUCAGGAGGGAAAUUCUUUACUCCCUUUCCCUGCAAAGGGGCAGGAUGUAAUUGUCUUUGGUUGGACUAGAA